GAUGACUUCCGACUGCCCCCCCACGGACUGCCCUUCUGAGCCCUGUGCCAGGGCAUCUGCUUCAACCUGUUCCGUGGAAAUGAAGUGUCUCCCCAGUGCCUGUGCUGCAUCCCGAUGUCACACGCCGAGCUUCCUACCCAGGUCUCGCCUGCUGACCGGUUGCCUCAUGCCUUGCUACUUGGCUGGGAGUUGCAACAGUCCCUGCUUGGUGGGGAGCUGUGCCUGGUGUGAGGAUGGGGUGUUCACCAGCAACGAGAAGGAGACGAUGCAGUUCCUGAACGACAGACUCGCCAACUAUCUGGAGAAGGUGCGCACCCUGGAGGAGACCAACGCGGAGCUGGAAUGCCAGAUCCGAGAGCAAUGCGAACAGGACACCCCUCUGGCGUGCCCUGAUUACCAGCACUACUUCGACGCCAUCGAAGAGCUCCAGCAAAAGAUCUUGUGCACAAAGGCAGAGAAUUCUAGACUUGCUGUACAGCUUGACAACUGCAAACUAGCCACCGAUGACUUCAGGUCAAAGUACGAGAAUGAAUUGUCCCUUCGCCAGCUGUUAGAGGCUGACAUAAGUGGCCUACGUGGAAUCCUGGACGAGCUGACCCUCUGCAAAUCCAAUCUGGAGGCCCACGUGGAAUCUCUGAAGGAAGACCUCCUCUGCCUUAAGAAAAACCAUGAAGAGAAAGUUGGUUUGCUUCGUGGGCAGCUCGGUGACCGUCUCAGUGUAGAGCUAGACACUGCCCCCACCCUCGACCUCAACAGAGUCCUGGAUGAAAUGCGCUGUCAGUAUGAAACAGUGCUCGCCAACAACCGCAGAGAUGUGGAAGAAUGGUUCACCAUUCAGACAGAGGAGCUGAAUCAGCAGCAGCUGUCCAGCACAGAGCAGCUGCAGGGCUGCCAGACAGAGAUCCUGGAGCUGAAACGCACAGUCAACGCUCUGGAAAUUGAGCUUCAAGCACAGCAAAGUUUGACAGAAUCUCUCGAAUGCACCAUGGCAGAAACUGAGACCCAGUACAGCUCCCAGCUGGCCCAGAUCCAGUGCCUGAUCGAUAACGUGGAGAACCAGCUGGCUGAGAUCCGCUGUGACUUGGAGCGGCAGAACCAGGAGUACCAGGUGCUGCUGGACGUGAAGGCCCAGCUGGAGAGCGAGAUCACUACGUACCAGGGCCUUCUGGAUAGCGAGGACUGCAGGCUUCCCAGUAAUCCAUGCUCUACCACAUGCACGUCAAGCAACACGUGUGAGCCCUGCUCAGCCUAUGUAAUUUGCGCAGUUGAAAAAUGCUGUUCAUGAAUGUUAAACACCAGCCAGCGGAUGGAGGAAUUGAAACCAGUGAUGUCUUAGAAAGGACAUGGAACUUCAGCCAGGGGCAUC